UGGUUAAGAAAAAUACUCAGGUAUAAGGCGAAAAUGUUUGUUUUAUCUGAACUAAAGAACAUCGUAAAGCUGCAUCCUAGAGGGUUCGACAAAUCUUUAGAGGAUCAGAUUAAGAACGAGUUAAACUAUAAGUUGUCCAACAGAGUGAUGAUUAAUGUUGGACUAUGUAUCUCACUCUUUGAUAUUCUUGAAGUUGGAGAAUCACACAUUCUUCCAGGUGAUGGCUCUGCCCAUACGAAAGUUAGAUUCCGGAUGCUAGUUUUCAGACCCUGCAAAGAGGAGGUGUUGGUUGGUAAAAUCAAAUCCUGUUCAAGAGAGGGCGUCACCGUCACGCUCGGCUUCUUCGACGAUAUUUUCAUCCCGGGGGAUUGCUUGCAACAUCCCUCCAGGUAUGAGGAGAAUGAGAGUGUAUGGGUGUGGGAGUAUCCUGUAGAGGACGGACACCAUGAUAUGUUUCUUGAUCCUGGUGAACAAAUAAGGUUUAGAGUCGUCUCAGAGACAUUUACAGAUUUGGGACCCAAACAGGAGAAUAGUGAACAGGAGGGCCAGCAGGAAGAACGAUUACCGCCGUAUGCUGUUACUGCUACGAUAAACGAGCCUGGAUUAGGUCUACUCUCAUGGUGGAACUAGAACAUAUUCUCAUUCACGAU